CGAAAAUCAGAUCAGAGAGAGAAACAGAGAAAAUUCCUCAGAUUUGCUUUCAGAGGCAUCUACAAUGGCCGUCGAAAUUCCUGAAGAGAAGCAAUUGAUGCAAAAGAUUGCCAAGGUUUUUAACGACGCUCGAGCAUCUCGAGCAUCACACAUCCGCAAGCUCAAAGACCUUUCUGCUCUCCGUUCUUCAGUUCCUCUUGCUCAAUUCUUCGAUGCUUUCUCUAAAAACCUAACCCUUAUCUUCACCACCCAGCGCCGUAUCGCUUCUGUCGAACGGAUAGUUCAAUUUGUUGCUAUUUUCGCCUGCCUACGCGAUCCUAACCAUUCCGAGGACUGUGAUGAAUUUUUCGAACGGUUUUUGCGGCUUCUCAUGGCUGGUACCGCUGCUACCAGCAGAACUGCCAGAUUUAGGGCCUGCCAGAUCAUUUCGGAGAUCAUAAUGCGAUUGCCAGACGAUGCAGAAGUGAGUGAUGAGUUGUGGGAUGAAGUAAUCGAUUGCAUCAAGGUUCGUGUGGGGGAUAAAGUCCCAGUAAUCCGCACCUAUUCUGUUAGGGCUUUAUCCCGUUUUGCAAACGAUGCAGAAAAUAGCGACAUUCUUGAGUUAUUACUCGAAACAUUACCCUCAGAACAGAAUCACGAUGUUCGCAAAACCAUACUUCUAUCCUUACCAGCUUCUAAUGCAACAUCAACAGCAAUCAUCAAUUGCACAUUAGAUGUGAAUGAAUCUGUCAGAAAAGCUGCUUAUUGUGUUUUAGCCAGUAAAUUCCCUCUUCAGAGUCUCAGCAUUAAGCAGAGGACAAUUAUACUCCAAAGGGGACUUGCUGAUCGUUCUGCAGCUGUCACCAAAGAAUGUCUUAAGUUACUAAAAGAUGAAUGGCUUAUGAAGUCAUGCAGUGGAAACCCAAUUGAGCUUCUUAAGUUUCUUGAUGUAGAAACUUAUGAAUCCAUUGGGGUGUCUGUCAUGGAGGCUUUAUUGAAAUCUGGUCUAGUCAAGUUACAUGGUGGUCAAACUAUCAACCAAUUCAUAUCAUCAAACAGCAACACAACUGAAGGGCAAAAUGUGCAACAAGUGGAUGCUGAAGUUGCAUUGUAUUUAAGAACUUUAUGCAAACAUCUACAGACAGAAGCACAAUCAAAAGGGUCUGAUGCUGCAAUGACAACUGGCACUGAAGCCACUGUAUACGCAUCAGAAGCUUCAGAUAGCAAUGAUCUUCUUGAAAAGAUUCUUCCAGAAUCCGUUUCUGACUACAUUGAAUUAAUCAAAACUCAUAUCGCUGCAGGACAAGCUAAUCGGUUUAUAGCAAGACAACUUCUCAUACUCGGCUCCAUGCUUGAUUUCUCUGACGCUACAAACAGAAAAGUCGCAGCAGUAUUUGUGUUGGAAUUACUAAAAAGCCCUCUUGAUCAUGAAGUAGAUGAUGAUGGUGAGAAAGUUGUUAUAGGAGAUGGGAUUAGUCUAGGUGGCGAACGUGAUUGGGCUGAUGCAGUUUCUGGGCUUGCUAAAAAAGUACACGCGUCACAAGGAGAGUUCGAAGAAAUCAUUGUAGGCGUUAUAGCAGAUCUUGCUAUACCUUGUAGAGAAAGAACAGCGGAUUUUUUGGAAUGGAUGCAUUGUCUUUCUGUCAUUGGUCUUCUUCUCGAACACACAAAAUCCCUACGUUGGAUGUUUGGAAAACCCAUCGAACCUUCUGAACUUCUCCACUCUUUACUUCUCCCAGGGGCGAAACACAUUCAUUUUGACGUUCAACGAGCUGCGAUCAGAUGUUUGGGUCUUUUUGGGAUUUUGGAACGAAAUUUAACCGAAGAAUUAGUAAAACAACUUAGGGUUUCGUUUAUUAAAGGUCCAUCUCCAGUAAGUAGCAUGGCGAGUAAGUCUUUGAUGGAUCUUGCCACGUGGCAUGGGCCCGAUGCUGUCGACAAAUCGAUGAACCAAAAUCUGUCGUCACAAUUCAAAGAACAAUCCAAAACAAUUCAUCCGGUUGAUUUGAAUGACACAAAUGAGGAUUUGGAAAUUGAAGUUAUCGAUUUGUUAUACGCGGGAUUUGAAAAAAACGAUUUUGGGAAAAUGGAAACCGAUGAAAACGAAUCGGUUCAACCCGUUUUAGCAGAAGGGUUUGCUAAAAUCCUCCUUUUAAGUGAAAAUUACCCCACACUUUCAUCUUCUUCACAUCCUAUACUAUUAGCAAAGCUUAUUAAUCUUUACUUCAGUAACACAACUGUUGACUUUCAAACGUUAAAGCAAUGUCUAUCUGUGUUCUUUGAGCAUUAUCCAUCUGUAUCUGUGAACCACAAGGAAUGUAUAUGCAAGGCUUUCAUCCCUGUCAUGAGAUCAAUGUGGCCUGGAAUCAAUGGUGUUUCAGGUGGGGCCCCCGCGGUAGUAUCCCGCAUGCGCAAGCGUGCGAUCCAAGCCUCCCGUUUCAUGUUACAGAUGUUACAGGCUCCACUUUAUCCAAAGGAGAUAGACAAAAAAGUCAACGAGUCAACCGAUUCUUCUGAUGAUUUUGACUAUGGAGAAGAAGGCCUUGCUAUACAUAUCAUAGCUGAGGUUUUGAGUUUUCAGAAGAAGAAAAGUCCUGCAGAAAAAGCUUAUGUUUCAGCUAUUUGUAAAGUUCUUGUAUUGGUUCGAUUUAGGGGAUUAGAACAAAUAGCGAUAAAGUUAAUGAGGAAGCUUUUGAAUCGAGUUGCUGAAUCUGUUUCAUCGGAUAAAGAAACUUUAAAGGAAGUCAAACAAAUGGUUGACCAGUUAAAGUCGUUAGAUAAAACCCCGGAUGAACCAUUGCCUGUGGAUCAAGCUAAUAUUUUGUUAGAAAAGUUGGAUGUACAAGUGAGUAUCGAUGGUGAUGAGUCACCGAUGGACGUGGAGCCGACACCUGUCCCGAGGUCAACAAAGCCGGUGCGGGCCCGGAGACGGGCACGUGAAAAGGUGUCAUCGUCUUCUGAUGAGGAUGAAACCGUCCCCGACACUGUUGUUCCUGUGAAUCCUGUGAUGAUGAGUGUUCGAUCACAAAGAGCGAGUAAAUCUGCAGCGUUGUCAAAAAUGGUUUCUAGUAAUAAACCUGUCAAGAUUGAUGAUGAUGAUGAUGAAGAAGAUGAGGAUGAAGAUGAUGAAGAAUCUGAGGUUACAUCUGAGGAUGAAUCUGAUUAGAUGUUUUGAGUGUGUGAUUGUUGGGGUUGUGAUGUUUGUGGAUUGAUAUAUUUAGUGAAGUUUGUAAGUUGGUUGUCUAUAUUGUUGAAAUUGGCACUUUACAUACUCUCUUUGUGAAGUGAGAAGGUAAGAAGGUUGGAUGAGGAUCUUGUACUUUAAUCAAACAUAUACA